AUGUCUCCUCUUUCCGAGAUUCAACAAGUGCAACUUUCAUCUUCAAGUGAAAAUAGUAAUAGUAGUGCUAGCAGUAAUUCUGACGAAGAACCUAAUAACGCCAACGAAAAGCCAAUUUAUUCUUAUAAUGCCCUUAUAGUUAUGGCUAUUAGAAGUAAUCCAAAAAGAAUGUUGUGUCUCAAUGAAAUCUACCAGUACAUAAUGACGAAUUUUCCGUAUUACAAAUACACGGCGAAGAAGCAAUCGUGGCAAAAUUCCAUACGCCACAACCUAAGUAUCAGUGGAUAUUUUGUUAAAGUGCCAAGACCCUUCAACGAUGGCGGUAAAGGAAAUUUCUGGGCUUUGCAUCCUUCAGCUGAUACGAUUUUUAUUGGUGAAACUACAGGGAAAUUAAGGAAGGGCGUCACUCCAAGCGCAGAAGUGCAACAUGCACAAGCAAUGGAAGCCUACCAAAGACAUACCCAGCAACAACAGUACCAUCACUACCAGCAAAUGCUUUACCAACAAGAAAUGCAGAUGAGAUACGAGCAAAUGUUGUAUUCCAGGCAAUUUGUGCCAGCUUUGCCGACAACACCAGCAAUGCACUAUCCACAUUUUGGUGGAAAUGGAUUUAUGGGUUAG